AUUGAUCCGUAAAGAAGCCCAUACGAAGAACACAAAGCAUCUACGUGUUCGGUCCGAGCACCGCAGUUUCGAACAGUUCUCAAAACUCACCUUCUUCUUGACAUCCUCAUUUCGGUGACUGCAUCGAAUUUCCUCUGCGAAGAUUUCUCACUAUGGCACCCAUCAGGGGCAUUAUGUCUUUGCAAAGAGCAGCUUUGGCUCGGGGCCGCAGUGAGAAGUGGGCAACCUGCUUUAGAUCAUUCAGCACCCAAGGUGGCACCCAGGGUGCAGCAACUGGUAGCACACCGCAACCACCACCACCUCCCCCACCUCCUGAGAAAACCCAUUUUGGUGGCUUGAAAGAUGAAGACCGAAUUUUCACCAACGUUUAUGGUUUGCAUGACCCUUUUCUCAAAGGAGCGAUGAAGAGAGGUGACUGGCAUAGAACCAAAGAUAUAGUUAUCAAGGGUGCUGAUUGGAUUGUAAAUGAAAUGAAGAAGUCUGGCCUUCGUGGACGUGGUGGUGCUGGUUUUCCAUCUGGCCUUAAAUGGUCUUUUAUGCCAAAAGUAUCAGAUGGUCGUCCUUCCUACCUUGUUGUCAAUGCUGAUGAGAGUGAACCUGGAACCUGUAAAGACCGGGAAAUUAUGAGACAUGAUCCACACAAACUAUUAGAGGGUUGCUUAAUUGCUGGGGUGGGUAUGAGGGCUACUGCUGCUUACAUUUACAUCAGAGGUGAAUAUGUGAAUGAACGCCUAAACCUUGAAAAAGCCAGAAAAGAAGCAUAUGCAGCUGGGUUGCUGGGAAAGAAUGCAUGUGGGUCGGGUUAUGAUUUUGAUGUUCAUAUCCAUUAUGGGGCAGGUGCUUAUAUUUGUGGUGAAGAAACAGCUCUUCUGGAGAGCCUUGAAGGGAAACAAGGGAAGCCAAGAUUGAAGCCUCCUUUCCCAGCUAAUGCAGGUUUAUAUGGCUGCCCCACCACUGUAACAAAUGUUGAAACUGUAGCUGUUUCUCCCACCAUUUUAAGGCGUGGGCCAGAGUGGUUUGCCAGCUUUGGGAGGAAGAAUAAUUCAGGGACAAAAUUGUUUUGUGUGUCCGGGCAUGUUAAUAAGCCUUGCACUGUGGAAGAGGAGAUGAGUAUACCUUUGAAAGAGUUGAUUGAGAGGCACUGUGGGGGAGUUAGAGGUGGAUGGGACAAUUUACUUGCAGUAAUUCCAGGUGGUUCAUCUGUCCCACUGCUUCCUAAGAACAUUUGUGAUGAUGUCCUGAUGGAUUAUGAUGCACUCAAGGCUGUUCAAUCAGGAUUGGGGACUGCUGCCGUUAUUGUAAUGGAUAAGUCGACUGAUGUUGUGGAUGCAAUUGCAAGACUCUCUUACUUCUACAAGCACGAAAGUUGUGGGCAGUGCACACCAUGCAGGGAGGGAACAGGUUGGCUCUGGACGAUCAUGGAAAGAAUGAAAGUUGGGAAUGCAAAGUUGGAAGAAAUUGACAUGCUUCAGGAGCUAACCAAGCAGAUUGAAGGGCACACAAUCUGUGCUUUGGGUGAUGCUGCUGCUUGGCCUGUGCAAGGUCUUAUUAGACAUUUUAGGCCAGAGCUUGAGAGAAGAAUCAGGCAGCGUGCAGAAAGGGAAUUGCUGGAGGCUGCUGCUUAGAUGUCUUUCAGGAAAAUACCUCACGGAAAGGAGGAAGCAAUGCGCUCCUGGCUGCACAAGAGUAGAAUGGUCACAGCAUGGUGGUGAUAUUAGUAACUUUAUUUGUUUUUAAGCUUGUAUCAAAUAACUUGAGAUUUCAUUGCUGCCUCGAGGAAGCUAUUAUUCAAUCGAGGGAUUUUUCUGAAUGUUUCUAUAAUGUUGGAUGAAUUUUGUUAAUACCUUUGUAUUUCUUCUCAUCAAUAAAUACGAAACUCUACCCUCCAAUCCAAGCAUGGUUUCUUGGUGGAGCAUUAUA